AUGCGGGCAAUUCACCUAUUACUGGUAGGACUCGUGGGUCUCGCACUGGCCGACGACUACUACGAACUGCUGGGCGUCGAGCGUGACGCCGAUGAUCGAACGAUACGAAAGGCGUUCAAGAGAAUCGCCAUCAAAAAACAUCCGGACCGCAAUAAGGACAACCCGAGUGCGCACGAUGAGUUUGUGAAGAUUAACAAGGCGUACGAGGUGCUGAAGGACGAAAAUCUACGCAAAAAAUAUGAUCAGUUCGGAGAAAAAGGGCUCGAGGACGGGUUCCAAGGAGGAAACAACUAUCAGAGCUGGCAGUUCUACAACGAUAACUUUGGGAUUUACGACGAGGACCCGGAGAUUGUGACGUUGAAUCGAGCAGACUUUCAAAGACUUGUCACCGACUCGAACGAUAUCUGGUUCAUCAAUUUCUACUCGACCUACUGCUCACACUGCCAUCAAUUGGCACCCACGGUUAGUAAACUCACAAUUUUAGGUAAACCCUUAAAAAUGUUAAUUUUUGAUUACAUUUCUACAUCACGGUCUCCAGAGUUGACAAUGGGCGCAAGUGCGCCCCGCCGAAUAGAGCGAUACAUUGGCGCGAAAUUCAAAUUUUAACAGCAAAAUUUGUGUUUUUCGCCAGAUUAGCCACGAAAAAUCGAUAAUUUCUCAUUUGUCUCGCGAUAGACCGAUUUUAUAGGGCUAUUACAAAUUUUUUAAGCGCAGGAGCGUUAAAUUUGGUCAAGUCGCAAAUCACAUUUAUCCGUUUGAAGGUUUUUGGCUAAAACUGCGUGAAUUUCAGUUGCUUUUCGGUAAUUUUCGCGGUUCGAGCGCUCAAAAUGCUUGUAUUUACGUGAUUUAUCAUUCUCAAAACUAAUUCUGUCGGAAAACGGUCAAGAAAGCGCAAAAUGAGAAGUGCGGUUUAUAGGCGGCGAUCGGCGGCGAAGACGAAAAAGCGAAAAAGCGAAAUCCGCGAAAAAUGAGCUCCAAAACGUCAUUAAUUCUAAGAAUUAGUGUGUUUUCAUGUCCAGUAAUCAUUUUUCAUCGACGUUGAUCAUAAAAAUCAGAGAAAACGUGCUCAAUUCAUGAAAAAGCCAUUUGGCCGCCGAUGCCACGCCCAUAUUGUCAGCUCUGGAGACCGUGAUAUAUAAACAAAUUAUUUCUUUUUAGUGGCGUAAAUUCGCACGUGAGAUCGAAGGAACGAUCCGAGUGGGCGCGGUGAACUGCGCGGAAGACCCGCAACUCUGCCAGGGCCAGCGCGUCGGCGCCUAUCCGUCCCUUGUCUUCUAUCCGACCGGCGAGUUCUACAACGGAGUUCGCGACGUCGAGUUGAUGACCGACUUUGUGAUCCAACGCCUGAAAUCGGAAGUGCUGCACCUGAACGCGGAUAAUUGGAAGGCGUUGAGCGAGGAAUGGGAGCCCUACAAUCGGCUUCCGUGGGUCGUCGACACGUGCGGCGGCGACAACAUCGAGUGUCUCAGCUCGACGACGAGACGGAAGCUCUCGGCGAUGCUCGACGGACUCGCCAACGUGGCAACGAUCGAUUGUAGUGCCGAGGAGACGUUGUGCUCGAAAUUCGAGCAGACUUCCGGAGUUAUGUACUUCCCGGCGCGAAAGUUGCAAAAGAAACAUCAACAGAACAUUGAGAGCAUGGACGCGCAGGAGAUUACCAAACAAGUCAUCGAGUAUUUGGACGAGAUUCCGAUGAUCGAACAGGAGAGUCUGCAGCGACUUUUGGGUAUGUUUAGUGGGUCUCACCACGGUCUCCCAGGGCGCUCAUAAAUUGCGGAGUGUCGUUGUAACUUUUGAAAAUUUACAGGUCUGAAAAUGCAGUUCAAUUCGAGUUUACGACCUUUAUUUCUUUCUUUUUGACUUGAAAAACGUCUAGAAAACAAUAUUUUACUGAUUGGAAACCGUUCUUUACAGAAUUUCGAGUUUUUCAUGUUUUUAGCGUCUUUUUCGCAUUUCGUCAAAACUUCAAACCUUCAUAUUUCAGCUCAUUUUGCAUUUCAUGAGCCCAACGAACGAUAAAAAUGUUUGCUGAAUCUUUCUUCACAAAAUUCAGGUUCCGGUGGCUAGUUUUCAUGAGCACUUUUCGAAAACUAUUCUAAAAACAUCAAAAUCCAGGCCAAAGCCUUCAAAUCGAAAUAACUCGGCUAAUUCUCAACGAUAUGCGAGAUUUCUGCUACCAAAACGUAGCUAGUGCUCUAAUUAUUCGAAUCCAGGUUCUAGGCGUACAAAAAUAGGUGUAUUGUACAGAAAACAUGGAAAUAACGCGAACUCCCGUUGAAAAUUAAUUAAUCGGUCGCCGCGUAAAUCGACACAGCCCGCCUAUUGCAAGUGCGCCCCAAUUGAAAUCAUUCGCGCUGUGGGAGACCGUGCUCACCACGAAAAAUGUUUUCUGAGAAAAUUCUGGUUUGAAAAAACAAUAGCAUAGCAUAAAUUGCAGAAGCCAACGACCCGGAUGAGCCGAUCGCCGUUUGGAUGGUGGCGAACGAGAAGCAGACGUCGGAACGGAAGGACUUCCGACGACUGCCGGCACUCGUUCCCUCGCCCGUAUUCUCAUUCGACUGCUCCAAAUCGGACCUUUGCGACGAGAUUGUCGACAAGACAAAACUUCCGCAAUUUAUCGUUUUCAAAACGACCGGCGGCUACGAGAUCGAUUACGCCGGCGCGAAGGACUAUUACGGGGCCAGCACGUUCAUUCGCGAGGCAUCGACGUCCCAUAUCCACGUAUUGAAUCGGGAUUCUUAUGAAUAUGCGAUCAGUGGCGGAGAGUUCUACAUUGUCGAUUAUUUUGCGCCGGUAAGUUUUGAAAAUAUCGAUUUUCCCGAUUUUAGCGAUCAAAAGAGAUGAAUAAUUAAACGGAAUUUUCAGUGGUGUCCUCCAUGCCUGAAACUGCUCGGCGAAUACCGUCGCUUCCACACGACCGUCUCCGAAGAAUCCGUACUUCAUUCGGUGGCGAUCGGCUCGCUGGACUGUGUCAAGUACAAAGAUUUGUGCACGGCGGCGGGCGUGCAGAACUAUCCGACGAGCAUAAUUUACACGCCCGACGGAAAACAGCACCGAAUGGUCGGCUACCACAGCAUCGACGCCGUCCUCGAGUACAUCGACAAUGCGCUCAACCCGUCGGUCGUCGAAAUGAGCCCCGAGCAGUUCGACGAGUUGGUCGUUAACCGGAAAGACGAGGAGACGUGGCUCGUCGAUUUCUUCGCUCCCUGGUGCGGACCGUGUCAACAACUGGCGCCAGAACUGCAGAAGGCCGCCAGAGCCAUCGGCGGAAUGGACGAGAAUGCGAAGGUCGCGUCGAUCGAUUGCCAGAAGUACGCGCAGUUCUGCAAACAGACGCAGAUUGUCAGCUACCCGACUGUUCGGAUGUUCCCGGCGAAGAAGACGAAGCAGCCGAGACGCGCCGCAUUCUAGUAAGUGUUUUGGCAAAAUGUAAUGUCGAUAAGACACACUGUUUGAGCGCAGAUAAUUUGAAACUUUUUCACAAAAAUGCAUUAUUUUCAGCGACUACCCGAACCACAUGUGGCGCAACUCGGACUCGAUCCAACGGUGGGUCUACAACUUCCUGCCGACCGAGGUGGUCACCCUGGGCAACGACUUCCCCACGACGGUCCUCGACUCGACCGAGCCGUGGAUCGUCGACUUCUUCGCGCCGUGGUGCGGCCAUUGCAUCCAGUUCGCGCCGAUUUACGACCAGAUCGCCAAGGAGCUCGGCGAGAAGGUCAACUUUGCGAAAAUCGAUUGCGACCAAUGGCCGGGCGUGUGUCAGGGCGCGCAAGUGAGAGCGUACCCGACGAUUCGAUUGUAUUCCGGCAAGACCGGGUGGUCGCGACAGGACGUGCUCGGCUACGGAAUCACCACGCAGCACAAGGAGACGUUCGUUCAGAUUGUGAGACAACAACUGAAACUGGAUCACGACGAAUUGUAA